UCGGCGUGACGUCACAGGCGGAGUGUGAUGGCCGAUGUGUCGGAGGUAGCGCUGGACACCAUGAAGACUUUUCAGUCAGGAUACGAAAAAAUCGACCGGGAACUGAGCCGCUAUCCGCUGUGCAUCGUGUGGACUCCGAUUCCCGGCCUGACAUGGUUCCUGCCGUUUAUUGGUCACAUGGGGAUCUGCACCUCGACAGGAGUGAUCCGAGACUUCGCAGGCCCUUACUUUGUGUCUGAGGACAAUAUGGCAUUUGGAAAGCCCACAAAGUUCUGGAAGUUGGAUAAGAAUAAAGUGUACGGUGGAGGUCUGAGUGCGUGGGACGCUGCAGUACACGAGGCCUCGGAGGAAUACAAACACAGAAUGCACAAUCUCUGCUGUGAUAACUGUCACUCUCACGUCGCCAUGGCACUGAAUCUGAUGCGUUAUGACAACAGCACAUCGUGGAACAUGGUCAAGCUGUGUGUCCUGUGUUUCAUCUAUAGCAAACAUGUCAGCUUUGUGAGUUUCCUGAAGACAUGGCUGCCGUUCCUCAUGAUCUGUGGUGUCAUCGUCACCGUCACACUCGCCUUCAGACUGGACCACAGUGGCUAACAUGCCUACCUCAGAGAGGAGACACGCCUCACACUGACCACCAGGGGGCGCUGCAGGGUAAAAAUACACACGUGCGCGCACACAGAACAGUGUCACUGUGAGGGGGGUGUGUGUGUACACAUCACAUUCAGGGGCUUCCACUGGGACAUCACUGUAAGAGAACACAGCUGUGUCCCAAGCAUGUGCACGCGCACACACACACAGGGUGUUAAUAAAGCUUUAUUCUUAUACUAACCGUAAUAACACUUCAUAACACACUGGGGUUUGGGACACAGCUGGGAAGUCUGAAUGCACUGAGAGACGUGUGUGUGUGUGGUUUUCUGUAUGUGAGCUGUACAUCACACUCUGAGUGUGGAGAUGUCAGAAGAGCAUUUCCAUCCCAUUCCCACUGAAGAUAAAUGAACUGAACUCUCACCUCCACACCUCUGUGGACUUUACUCCACUCACACGAUGGACUUUUGUAUAAAUGACAUGUUUUACACCAGACGUUUGUAUUUUAGGGUUUUUAUUAAAUCACAGUAAUCUGAAUUGUUUAGCGGUGCAGCUCGCUGACGAUGAGACACACACAAUCAGCUUCUCGUUUCUGCUCUGUUCAUGAAUCUGUUCUUGUGAUGAUCUGUUUAUAAACCUGUCACGCCGUCUUUCAAUUUCUGUUUGUUUGUGUGUGUAGUGAGGGCUGUGGGCCAGCACCUCAACAACUUCCACUUUUCCAUCUCUUUCAUUUAAUUACAGUUUGUUAUUGUUGUACUUUUAUAAACUGUGUUUGAGUUUAAAUACACUAUCACUGAACUCGCGCCUCUGAUUUGUUCCUUUACAAGAAAAUUAAUUUUGUUUUCCGUGUGUGUGUGGGGGAGAGAGAGAGAGAGAUGAUACUAAAGUACUGAAAUGGGUUGGAGGAGGUUAUUAUAUCAAGAGUUUAUUUUAUUGAUGAUGACUGUUUGGUGAUUGAUUUGUGAUUUUUCACUUGACCAUCGGUCUGAUAAUAAAUUAAAUAAAUAAAAGUAA